UUUGCCACUAGAGGGUGUAAGAAUUCAAGCGCUGAAAGCAUCGACGCAGUCCUCCUUCAGCGCACUUUCUUCAUUCCUGGAUUGCAGACAGUAAGAUCAAGGAAACCCUGCAUCGUUAACAAGGAAAACUGCAGGAAUGGCAGCCUCAACAGAGUCAUACAUGCAUUUGGACCAGAGUGCCUUUAACUAUGAUUAUGAGACGUUGCAGACCACUGGAGUCAUCCUUGCCAUGAUUAUGUUUGUCUCCGGGAUUCUCAUUGCAUUGAGUAAAAAGUUCAAAUGCUCAAAAUCCAAAUCCAGUCCAGUGGAAGGCCCUCAGCCACCAAAGACAGAAAGUACAGCAAGCAUUCCACCUCAGACAGUAUAAAGAAGAUGUAUGUGUGCGAUGUGGUGGCCCAUUUCGGAGAGAGGAAAUGCUCAAACCCACAAAGUUACUUACAGGAAUGUGGAGGAGAUUAGAACCUGCUUGACCUCGUUUUGUAACCUCAGCC